UUCAAGGGGGGGGAGAUGUGCGCCCAGAUGCGUGUUCGACCCCCGUGUUCAAGGCUGCUACUGUUCACGUUAUUAGAACUAUUACAGCUAUUACCAAAACAGUUGCUAUUUCAUCGCGAAGUGACUGGAUACUCGAGAAGCAAGUGAACACUCGAUAUUCAAAUAAGUAUUUUCACGGUGGUCCAUCUUGUGAAAGUUACGUUUUUUUUUUUACGGUGAAUCAAAUUCUCUACGUAUAUUGUUGCUGUGGCUGUCCGAAAGCGGAACAGCAAAUAAAACAGUUAAGAUCAACAUCAAAUAUUGUUUUCUAUGCAUAACGUGUAAAGUGCUCCUAGAGUGGAGUAAUUCACACGGGUGUGAAGUGUGUUUUAGUGGGUCUGUGCUCUAUACUAGUUGCCUGGCGGUUAAAAAACAAGGGCUGUGGUUAUUGUCAGUCGUGACAGACGAAAAACAUAAAAAGUGGGCUAUUUCGACGCGUGACACAAAAUGGGGCCCCGGUGGCGCCGAUGCCUCGGUUUUGCCAACAGAGAUCGAGUAAUAUGUGCUGUGGCAGCCACUGGUGUGACACUUCUAUGCUACUGUGUAAACUUUGACACGUUUAACCAAUCAAUGAGCGAAAUUGCUGCGGUUGUCUCCACUCCAGCCGCCAUUAUUAUUAACAGGCCUUCAUCGCGGACAACGAGUUCGUGGAUUCAAUUCACGAGAACAGAGUCGGUCAGCCAGCAAGAGACAACGUCUGCAUCCACAAUAGGUACUUACGACGACGAAAAUGACAAUACUAACACUAAUAUUCAUGACACGCACAGUGGUAGUGCUGAAGAACUACAGUCCGCGCCAGAACAUUGGAAAGCGAAUGCGUCUGCUACCACGUUUGACGCGUCAUCAACGACGCCAUUGAGCGCUGCGUCGAGUCCGUGGUGGAGCUGGAAAUUUGCGACUCUGGGGGGGGCGGCAUUGGACGGUGACUUGCUGCAUGAUGAUGUCGUUGCAAUAGUUCGAAAUCCCGAUGUCGUCGGGUAUGCAGACGAUAUUACGGUGCCAAUCGUGUCACAGGUAAGAGGCCCAGGCGCAGAUAGGACAGUCGAUUUGUCUGGUGUUACGCAUAUCGCUCAUGGUGGUACUGGUGAAGGUAACCAAAAUGGGCUGGUAUCUAGAAGUGGUCGGUGGUUUUUACCGGUGAUGUGGACCAAUGAUUUCUGGGGAACCCCGAUGGCCAGCCCGGACUCACACAAAAGUUAUCGGCCGCUCACCGUUCUUACAUUCAGGUUGAAUUAUCUAUAUGGAGGUCUGUCAAGUACGCGGGCUUACCACAUAGUGAACGUGUUGCUUCAUUUGACAUGCUGUCUCCUUCUUGGUGAACUGAUGGGUCGGCUAAACGACGCGAGAAUACAGCGUUGCUUUGUAACCAGAGAAAGGGGGAGACCCAGGUUGACGUUGGCUCUGCAAAUCACUACCGUUCUCGUAUUUGGCGUCCAACCAGUGCACACCGAAGCGGUAACUUCGAUCGUGGGUCGUGCUGACGUCCUCUGCGGAGUGUUUUACCUGUCGGCCUUGCUUGUAUUCGUUGACUCCUGCGCAGAUGAUGAAGAGUCGUUUCGACUCAGUAAAGAUGAUGUUCUAGGUAGCCAGAACAGGUGUCAGGAACCGGAUGAUUCAGACGAAGUUUUGCCGUUGGCGUCGGCUGAAGUGACGCUGCCGCCACUCUCGUUGUCAUCAGUGAACACGACAUCAAAAACCUGGACAACGAAAGCUCGCGUCCAGCAAAGCGCAAAAGUGAAGAUAUGGCUUUCGAUGUCAUUGGCCGUACUUGCCCUUUUGAGUAAAGAGCAGGGCCUCACCGUCCUUGGGGUGUUUAUAAUGUAUCGAUUAAGGCAACUUUUAAGGAGGCACCGAUGCUGCUUAAACAAGUGUGCAUUCGGAGGAAUAAGAGAUAUUACAGGGUUUAGCAGAUUUUUUCAUCGGCUCACAUAUCUGUUCACUACCGACGAACAUCUAGUCGCUUCCUCAAUCACGUUGACUGGACUUGUGGCGUUUCGAGUGGCCCUUCUUGGUGGCACCCUUCCGCGAUUCUCGGAACAUGACAACCCUGCGUCACACCACCCCCGUCUACUCACAAGGGCGCUCACGUACGGUUACCUGGCCGCAAUGAACGCCGGCGUGGUACUCUGGCCACGGGUACUAUCCUAUGAUUGGCAGGCGGGAUCAGUUCCGCUGGUUCACUCGCUGUUGGACGUGCGCAACUUGAGCACGGUGAUAUUAGUCGUCGUCCUUGUACAACUGGUACGACGAACCGUGCACAAAAGUUUCCAGUUACUAUUUUCCUGCACUGCCGAAGAAGUUGGUAUGCGGUCAGAUUUUGGCAAGUCCGUGGACCAGCCGGAUGUCCAUCAUACGACGUACAACAAUAACAACAACAGCGCCAGCCACGAUCGAGCAUCAGGAAGUCCGACGAUGGCAGAACAGCGCCACCUAGAUGAUAGCGCCGACAAAGGAUGUGAUUCUGUCGUAGAAAAAAGCGCUGACGGAGGGAGUCCUUUGUUGCUGACUAGCGCUGCCCUAGUCAUUUUGCCGUGGCUGCCUGCGUCCAAUCUGCUAGUAACCGUUGGCUUUGUUCUGGCCGAACGGGUUCUCUAUAUUCCUAGUAUGGGAUUCUGUCUCCUUUUUGUCGAAGGCCUUCGUCGCCUGUUAUUUCACCUGCAGGACAUCACGGCCAUGUCCACAACCGCGUCUCCAGUACGCAAUUCAAUAAUUCAACAACAAAGAAGUGGUCGUCGAAACACGUGGAAUCGUAAACAAAAGUUCGUUCUAGUGGCGCUGUUGAUCCUGCUCUGUUUAGGAACGGUACGGACGGUACGCCGAAACCGCGUCUGGAUGACCCGGGAGACCUUAUUUGAGUCUGGCGUUCGGGAAAUGCCAAUGAACUGUAAAAUGCAUUAUAAUUAUGGAAACCUUCAACGAGACCUUGGUCGAAGUGGUCAGGCGGAGCGUCAUUACAAAAUUGCUCUCGAGCUGUGUCCAACCCAUGCGUCGGCACAUAACAACCUUGGCACGGUGUUAACAUCAACAGCAGAAGCUGAAAAGCAUUUCCGCAAAGCCAUUAAUAUUAAUCUACACCAUGCUGGGGCCCAUUAUAACCUCGCCAUGCUUUACAGGCGACGAGGACAAGUUGAGGUAGCGCGCGGACUUCUCGAGCGAUCGCUAGCACUGGACGCGUCCCUGGCGGAGGCGGCCUCGUCCCUAGCGGAACUCGAGGGUCAACGUGGACGAACCAACGAAGCGGAAAAGCUGCAUCGACGAGCCAUUGAACUUAACGGUCGUUCUGCUCCUAUUCGAAAUAAUUAUGGAACUUUUCUUCACCAUCAGGGUCGUCUCCAAGAGGCAUCGGAGCAGUACAUGGAAGCUAUUGCACUUGAACCAACAAAUACGAUUGCUAUGGUCAAUGCCGCGGAAACAAUGAAAAAGCUUCAAGUUGAUCAGGAAGCCGAGGACCUGUAUCGAAGAGCCUUGUCGUUGAAUGCCGAGGAUGUGAGCGUCAUGGACCAGCUGGCCGUUCUUUAUGCCAAAGCGGAGCGCUUUCGCGAGGCAGAAGAGCUCUUCACACAAAUCCUAAAAAAGCAUCCUCAUCAUCGCGAGAGCCAACUGCACUACUCGCAAAUGCUGCUAUCACAAGGUGAUGCGUCCACCUCGGAGCGAAUUCUUUUCGAAGCUUUAGAACAGAGCAAAGGCUUGCCCUGGCGGGACGGCCUGCGUCAAAUGGCGUUACUGUACAGCUACACUAAUCGUAGCGCUGAUGCAGCCGAAUGGAUUCGUAAAGCCAUCCAGCUUUGCCCACCAGACGCAGGCCGAGAAUGUGCGCCACUUUAUACGGAUUACGGGGAUAUCCUUAAGGAUCUCAGUCACCUUAACCGAUCCGCUGAGUGUUACAUGGAAGCAAUCAGGAUGCAGCCGGAUUUAGCUCACGCGCAUAUUAAUCUUGGAGUGAUCCGACAUUUACAAGGCGACUACUCUACGGCAUUCGAUCACUACACCGUGGCGUACGCACUCGAGCCAUGGAAUACUCUCGUUGUGGAAAACAUGAACAAACUACGCCGACGGAUUCUCAAGACAUUUCGCCAACAUCGAACGACAAUCGAUGCCGCGUUCGAAGUCAGCUGAAAUGAGCACGAACUACAUUUUCAAUGAUUUCUAUUCAUCGCAGUUACCACAACGGGCUACUGUUAUUAUUUAACGUAAUGCCGCAGUCUACACACCACAGUCUAGAAGUAGUGAUGCAGCCGUUAUAAACGGCUCUAUUGUUUAGCGCUACCUUUUAAUAUCAUAUUAUAUCUUCAAUUGUCACUUUUACUGCUUUGCAGAAACGACAUGUCCAUGAUAUGUUGGCAGUGUAACUAUUAAUAAUAAUAAUAUUAUACAAUAUGAAGGUGCAGCAGGUGCCAGUGUCCUUUGUGGGGCUAAUGUUUGCCCCAAUAGGACUUGCUAGGGUGAGGUAGAGCUCAGGUAAGACGCACGCACCAUCUCAAGCAAACCUGACGCACCUAUUCUGCCCAGAAUUCUCAUAUGCACACUGACACUGUGACAUUUCUGUUAAGGCCGUAGAAGUGUAGUAUCGUGUAUAUAUCGCAAUAAUUUCACACCAGGUUAACGAGACACGCACGCCAUCCAUUAUCAUGACGCAGGGGAAAACUAUGUAUGUACGGUAAAUGGAUGGGUGUAUUGUAUGGGUUGAUGAUAAUAAUGGAACGUGCACUCUAAUGCGUGGCGCGUUUUUUUUCUCGACAUUUACGCGGAGCUUUCAUAACGAAAACAUCAUCCACCAACGCCAGUGCGCGUGACCAACUCAGCAACCACCGCAAUAAGCAAAAUAUAUAAUUAUAUACAUAUACCACAUUCCCUCGUGCAGAUAUAUAGAAAUAUAACAGAUUGAAAGCACACAAUAUUGGCGUAGAGGAAGGCAGGAGAGAGGGAAAAAGAGAGAGAGAGAGAGAGGCCAUAACAAAAGCGCACGCAAGAAAAACAGUAAAAGAGCAUAUAUGGAAGUGGGCAUCCUGUUAGAACACUAUCGUGGUGUACUAUAAUGAAUGGGUUUUGAGAGUACUAGGUUCCCUCGUCAUGGUCGUUGUGAGCCUUGAAUGAGCGUUUGUAUGAAAUAUGUUGUCACAGGUAGUAGGCCUAGGAAACUGCUGUAUUUGCAGAACGAGUAUGUUUGCCAAAUAUGUCACAUGUGAAGCGAAGGGUUUUUGAAUAGUAUUCAUGAAAAAACACUGCAACCAGCAUGUAAUGCAUAUGAUGCAAUAAAGAUAUAUUCGUGAUGAAAGCGUUAUAUAAUUUCUUACAGAAAAAAGUAUUAAUAAACGAUAGAAAAUCAGAGGUGCAUAGAGGAAAUAUUUGUGCCAGAUGACAUAACCGAUGAUAAGUGGUGAGGUACUUGUUGAAGUUAAGUAAGAGUAGUUUUCGGCAAAAGUACACGGACAUUCGCUAACGAAAAUCGUAUUAGAAAGCGAAUCGAAUUAAAAAAUUUAAGGUUGUCAUUUAGCUAAUCAGUGACGAUCAUAAACGAGAUCGGUGUCUGUUGGACGUAUGCUGAAGGGUGACGAUGAACUACCGGGGGAGAUAUAGCGGGCGAGUGGCAGUAAGUGAAAAGUGAAGACAAGAAGACUCCAAACUAUGUUGCAGACAGCUUCAGCCAGAUUUUACGUGACACCACGUCAGACAGUCAGCUCAAUUGCGAUAGGGUACCAGACGCCCAAGUACCUUGGGAUGAUUAAUGAAAAUCAUUAUGAGUCGAAUACAUAUAGGGAUCACGACGGCUGUGUUAAAUAUAUCAAUAAUGCAUAAGCUAUAUCUAUUCUAUAAGUUCCUAUUGUCUCUUGUGUUACUCCUUUGAAAAAAAUAUAUUUUUCAUUUUUUUACUAUCUUUCUAACUCUAGAUACUAUUAGCAGUUCAUCUUGUAUCCAAAUCUGCUUCUGUUUUUCCAUGAAUCCGAUUUCUAAAUUCAUGAUCAAUAUAAUUUGCCAAUAGUCCUAUAGUAAACCUAGAUCGAGAUCUAUUGUUUUUUGUCGCUUCUGUUUUCGACAUUACCUUUUACUAUUUCAUGUGUUAUUGUCCGUUAACUAGGAUACGAAAUCAACUGGUGGAUUGUUUAUUUUCAUCUACUGGUACUUUUAUCCAAUUGGGCCUGAUUGCACAACUAGUGUCCUUCUUCACCGCCGAGACAGAUGUCUGGGUAGAAAAUGAACAUUUAAUGUAACGACUUAGCAGAUGAUGACGAAUAAACCCAUGAUGUGUAACACAUAUUAACGCUACACAAACUACACAAUGAACAUAAAUAUUUCGGAUAACUAACAAAAAUGGACGACUUAACAAAUGUACACAAACGUAAGUUCGGUUAUAGCUAUUUCCGUUGGUAGUCGUUGAUUACUGUAACAAUUUGGACCCGGCAAUUUUAGCUCGAUGCCGCAGAGGAAAGGAUCGACGAAUAAUUGGGUUGGGUUAGAUGAACACGACAUUUUUCAAUGCUGACAGUGUUAUAUCCGAAGGCCCGAGGACUGCUGACGAGUCCCGAUACUGUCCAGGGGGUCUAGGCUCUGUCCGCCUAGCUUUCCUACAGAUCUGUGAUCAUGAUAGCAGCGGGAGAGAUAUAUAAAGCUGAAAAUAUCAGGUGGGGACGCGUAGCCAACAAAGCGGGAGCCAGACUCGUGUCGGAUGUGUACAUUUUUGUGUGGAUGUUUGAGGUUUGUUUCAGUAUGCGCGAAUCUAUGUAACUAACUAUUGUAUGUGUAAAUACGUGUUGGAGAUUACGACAAAUAGUAGCAACAGCAAAUACUGUCCUGACAGAAUGAUAUAGUAACGACUACGAGAGAGCAUUUUUUAUAUUUAAUGAAAAUAUAAAUGGUACAAUUCUAGUGACAACAGACAGCAGAAAUUCAACACAGCUCACCUGUAUGCAUUGUUUUAGCUGACUGAUGAAUUGACUCGUCAUACAUUUAUCCAAUUUUUGCAAUAAGAGGGAGAACAUGCGGCAGAAGCAACAAUUAAUAACGAUAAUACUCAGAUUGGAUCGAAUAAAGUUUGUAGCCUGAGCUUUUUUGUCUGUUUAAAGGGAAAAAUGCAAGAUGGGAAAAUGCAGCCUGCUGUUUCCAUCCUGUCGUGAUUUGAUAUUAAUGAAGGAAUUAAAAGACACUGGUCUGAUGAUUGUACGUAGCUCGCGAUCAUGAAUAUAACAAUACACUGAGCGUGCUUGCAUGUGUAUGUGGGUCGAACAAGACUUUUAAAUGGUGA